CUGCAUGCCUCUCCGGAAGUAAAUAGCCGAUAAGUCUUAUUCAACACUUGACGCCCUCUUCCUGUAUUACAAGUCAGCUAUUUGCUGUUUGAACCAGCCGACUACAUCGAUCUUGGACAAAAGAUGACCAUCGUGUACAGCUGUGUGGCUAACGGCACUACAGUGCUGUGUAGUCAUCAGAUUGGGGCAGGCUCUUUUGAGACAGUCGUGGAAUCUAUACUUCGUAACAUCCCCACACGGAAUGACGGCAAGACAACCUACAGUUCGGACAGUUACAUGUUCCACUGUGAAAUAGCCAAUGGUAUUGUAUUCCUGUGUGCAGCUAAGGCCGACUUUGGAAAGAAGCAACCUUAUGCAUUUUUAGCUGAGAUCAAAAGAACGUUCCAGAGUGGGACAAUGGCCAUGCGGGCUGUGACACCAAGGUCACAUGAACUGGAUGGGGAGUUUGGCAUGGUUCUAGGUCAGAAUAUGGAGAAGUUCUCCAAACCAGCCAAUGACAAUUUGUCCAUGCUGAGGUCACAGGUCGACGAGGUCAAAGAUGUCAUGACACAGAAUAUUGAGAAAGUUUUAGAACGAGGAGAACGUCUAGAUGAUCUGGUGGACAAGACUAAUGACUUAGAAGCUAGUGCUCAAACAUUCCAAAAAACAGCCACAAGGUUGCGACGUAAAUUUUGGUGGAAGAAUACCAAGAUGAUGAUGAUUCUAGCCGUGGUGAUCUUGGUUGUUCUGACAGUUGUAGUGCUGCUGAUUCUGUAUGGUGCCGGUGUGUUCAAGUCCUCAUCAUCAACACCCACCACCACCACUACUCCAUCCCUUCCGUCAACUGUACAGGCCAAUGGCAGAUAAUCUCUUGUCAUCUCAAACUGUGCCAAUACAUAUAUACAGGUGUAAUUUUCAGUCCGGGGGAAUUUUAAUAUAGACAUCAGUUGGGAACUGAUUUCAGCAUUCUAUUUUACUGUUGAUCAGAUUUGAUGAGGUAUAACUUGUUUAACUUUAUGUCUUAAAAUUGCAUUAGCUUGAUGGGAAUCUAAACAUGGAUAUGAUGAUGUCAUUGUUAAUGAUUGUUGUAGGUUAUUGAGGUAUUCAGUAGUAACAGGGGAUCCUAUAAACACUAGCUUCAGAGAUCAGUAUGAUAACAGUCAGCUUCAGUAGCUAUAUAUAGAACACACACACUACUGGUAAAACCCUAGUAAAUGUAAUGAUAGUAGAUCAUCUGGAACUCCUC